AUGCAUCCAUCUCUAGAAACCUACGAGAAACUAUUCAACGAACACUCAAAUACCAUACAAUGUUCUUGUACACGUUUGUCUGUACCUUAUGGGACAUUUCUAAAUGUAACAUUUGUAUUACAUCAAAUAUGUUCGAGCGAUAUGGUUUCACCAAUAUGGCUAAAUUAUCUAUCUUUGUUCGAUCCGACUCUUAUACCUCCUUGGACAGAGACAGCAUAUUCACGUGAUUUCCGUCCUUCAGGUGUGUUGUAUUUUCAACUUUUGGCUACAUUCUGCUCUUUGACUACAAUCAAUAUUGAAGAUAGUCAACGUGUUUUCACCAAUACACUAUUCGUUAGCAAUCAUCUUCUUCCUCGAUCACUCUUCGUUCAACAAACUCAAGCAGUGGCCGAAGCAUUUAUCCAUGAAACACGUAACAACUUUGUACGUAUUUUAAAUUGGAUUGAUAUUGCUGGUACUAUAAAUCAGUUUUUAUCGGGAACAAACGUUAAUUUCCAAGUUACAAUGGGUAAUGACGACAAAGUAAAUAUUGAGGACGUACUGCUUUAUCCACUAGCACAAAUAACUGCCGAAGGCAUACAGGUCACUGAACCAUGUUCAUGCACAACUAAUUAUGAUGUUUGCCUUUUAAGAUCUGUUCUGUUUACAAAUGGAUCGAGUUUCUUCGAAUUUCUGGAAGUUUCUUAUGAAAUAUUUGUGGGUUGCACGCCAUUAAUCGGAUUCUUUAGCUCUCUCACCGACUGGUGGUACAAUAAAAUUCAUAUUGAAAAUAUACGGGCAACAUACGCUGGCAUAAUCAUUCCUGAGUUUCCACCUGAUAUCAAGCCACUCAAUACAUCGAUUCCGACUCGAUUCGAUGACAGUACAUUAGAUUUAAUCAACCAAAUGUUUUUGGAAGCCUCAAUCAUCAGUAAUGAUCGUUAUGCUCUGUAUUACAGCCAAUGUGCACCUCUCAGCUGUUCAUAUACAAUAUUCGAGCGUCGGAAUAUUAUCAUCGCAAUUUUAUUGCUUGUUUCAGUUUGUAGUGGACUCAAUCGAGGUCUUCGAUUAGUUGUACCAUUGAUUGGAAAGCUUAUUCUCGUUAUUUUCGAAAAAUGGAGACAUCGGAGAAUCGUUCGUGGUGAGUGUAUUGUGCAAAAAUAA